AAAAAAAAAAAAAUGUAUAAAAGAACUAUAUCUAAAUAAGACUUGUAACUGAAAAUUGUGAAACCAAAAUUCAAGAAAAUUCUAUUGCCAAACAAAGAACACGCAUAGGCAACAUGUCGACUGAGCGCUGUCAAUUCUGCGUGAGUGUGCGAUCCUUUGUGAAGAGCACGCUCUAUGUGGACGCCUAUCUGAUCGUGUUGGCCCUGCCGCAGUGGAUGGUAUUGUCGAUGCUGGCCUCGAAGGAGCAUAUACUCUAUACGCUCGGCUGCUUCGUGGCAUCGUUCUUGCUGCUGAGCGUCAUACAGAAGAGCGACACACUCAAGUACCGCUGGCCCUGGAGAUGGAUGGCCAUGGGCUGCUGCUACGAGCUGCUGACCAUUGGCCUGGGCACAUUCCUGAUGAACAUCACCUUUCAGCAUACCAUGACCUUGGUCUCGGCCUCGAUGAUGAUCUGUAAUUUGGUCUAUGUGAUAUGCUUCUUUAUCAUUAACGCCUUUCAGCUGCCCAAUCCCUACAAGCUGGCCGGACUGGCCAUAGUGGGCCUGCUGCAGGUGUUUGUGCUGUUGGCCGUGUCCACGGUAUAUUACUCGCCACUUCUGCUAGAUCUGGCCCUGUUGCUGUUCGUGCUGAGUAUACUGAUCAUAUUGGUGUCUGUGGUGCUGAUUUCCUAUAAUAAUCAUGGUGUAUUGAUACGAGACGAUGCCCUGAUGAUGGGCUUUCUGAUCUAUGUGAACUAUGUGCUUAUUAUGCUGGCCUGCUUCAUAUGCUAUCAACGCUUCAACAGCAACUCAAACAGCAGGCGCAGCAGCUCCAAUGCUGGCAAAAAAUAAAGGCCGCCUCACCUAAUGCCCGUUGACGUGCUGGCAUGCAAGGCUGCGGCUCAAUAACGCCCACCAGCCAAAUACAACUAUAAUCUAUACACACAUGUACACCACACACACAAACAUACACACGCAUAUAUGCAUGUAUAU